AUGGAAAGCGGCGAAGACGGUGGUGAUGAGCAGAGGAAUGAAUGGAACAGUGGAAGAGGGAGGCGGAGAUUGAGGGACAUAGGUUUGCUGCUCAUGGCUGUGAAUGGAGGAGUGUGGAGAGGAUGUGGGAUGGACAAUACGGGAGAAGGUUUGAUCCAAAUGGGGCUAAAUGACCCAAAUGGAUGGCUUAAUGAUACGACUGAGCUCCUUAAUAUCAUGUCAAUAUGGUUGAUGAUGGAACAAGCCAUUUUGGAGUUAGUGAUUGUAUAUAUUGUGUCUUAUCUACGUAUGUGUCGCGCGGUUCAAAGACGACGUGAGAGAUUAUCACUAAGGCAACGAGCUAUACCAAGGAUAAGGGAAGAAUCAAGGGUAGCAUUCAUAAGGAGGCUAAUAAAUGAUGAUGUUGCUUGUGUAGAACAACUCCGAAUGAAUAUUUACACAUUUCGAGUAUUAUGUUCUCUUGUACGUGUUGAGGGUAAGCUAAAGGAAGAUGGGUUAGUAUCAAUAGAAGAACAAGUAGCUAUGUUUUUACACAUAUUAGCUCACCAUGCUAAAAAUCGUGUCAUCAAGUUUAAAUUCCAACGGUCGGGAGAAACUGUUAGCAGAUACUUCAAUUUAGUUUUAAAGUCUGUGUUGAGGUUGCAAGAAAUUUUAUUGAAGCUACCAGACCCAGUUUCUGAGAAUUGCACUGACGAUAGGUUGUUUACUUAUCUAUUACAAGGUUGUCUUGGAGCUUUAGAUGGAACUUAUAUUACUGUUAAUGUUCCUGAGGCUGACAAGCCAAGAUAUAGAAGUCGAAAAGGUGAAAUUGCCACAAAUGUGUUAGGAGUGUGCUCACGAGACAUGAAAUUUGUGUAUGUGUUGCCGGGUUGGGAGGGUUCAGCUUCAGAUGCUAGGGUAUUGCGCGAUGCAAUUAAUAGGAGAAACGGCCUUAAGGUUCCAACGGGAUACUACUAUUUGGUUGAUGGUGGAUACACUAAUGGGGAUGGGUUUCUUGCCCCUUAUAGGGAGACAAGGUACCAUUUAAGCGAGUGGAGACAUGGACAUGUUCCGGCAACUCCUCAAGAAGUUUUCAAUAAGCGACAUGCUCAAGCUAGAAAUGUCAUAGAAAGGACAUUUGGGUUAUUGAAGAUGCGUUGGGCAAUUCUUCGAAGUCCAAGUUUUUACCCCGUUAAAACUCAUAACCGAAUUAUUAUUGCUUGUUGCUUACUACACAAUUUGAUCAGGAGGGAAAUGGAUAUAGAUCCUUUAGAGAUAGAGCUAGGUAACAUGUCUAUUGAUGAGGAGGUGGACGAAGAGCUACAUGAUAGCAUAGACACCAUUCACACCAUUGAUACAAGUGAAGCAUGA